AUAUCAUUUGGCCGUGUGGGAAGUCUUAAAGUAGUAUAAACUGAUUUUUAAGACAUUAUGAAAGUAGUGUCCUUUCCAUCUCUUGGAUUAGCCUUAAGAAUGAAUUAUAAAUUUAAAGUUCAGCAUUUAGGAAUAGUUGUAGUUAUAGGGAUAUUAAUAUUUUUGAUUAAGAAUAUUGGGUAUCUCGUCAGUGAGUUUGCUAUACAUCAUAAUAUCAACGUUGAUGUUUGUGACACAUGUUCCAUGAAAUAUAAGAACCAUGUUCGACAAACUAAAAAAAUACCAAACAUUAUGCAUCAAAUAUUCUUUCCGGUUAAAAGUAAAACGCCAUCAAAAGAGCUAGUAGAUGCACGUGCGAGUUGUAUAAGUGAGAAUAAGAAUUUUACUCAUUAUUUAUGGAAUGAGACGGAAGUAGUUAAGUUUAUUCGGAGGGAAUAUCCUCACAUGGAAAAGAGAUUCAGACGAUAUGACUAUUGGGUCCGGCGAGUCAAUGUUGCCAGAUACUUGAUAUUAUACCACUACGGGGGUUGGUACGUCGACCUUGACAUGACGUGUAUACGCAGUUUUAAACAGCUUGCAGAUGAAGCAUUCCGCAUGAACAAAAGUGUAAUUCAACAUUACACCUUCCCCGUGGGGACGUCUAAUGACUUUUUUGGUAUAACGCCAAGACAUCAGUUUUUAAAGUCGGUGCUAGACCACUUACCCAACUCCGAUAGGUGGUUCAUCUUCCCUUACCCUAAUACAGUUCUUACAACAGGAACGACGUAUAUGUGGGGGAGAUACCUAAAUUACCCGUAUAAAGAGGAAUUUUAUAUAUUAGAACAAGAGGCAAUUAAGGUCUAUUUACAACAUCAUCACGACUCGGCCUGGCAUGGUUGGGACGCUCAACUUAUACGUUUCUUUGUACAUCAUUACCAUCAACUGUUAAUUCUAUGUCUUCUAACAACUAUAGUUGCUAUAUAUCUGUGGAUAUUACGAAAUAAACGUAUCUUGAGGAGGACUAGCAGGGAACAUACAAUUUUACAAAAUGGAUUGAAAUGAUAACUUCCAGAAAAUAGUGAUAUGUUUAGUGAUUUUUCGUAUAAUCUGUGAUUUGAUAAUAUCAAGAAUUUAAAAAGUAGAAAACUCAAGUUGAGCAACAAUUGGUAUUUUAAAGUUGGUAUAUUCCAGGUAAUAAAGUUCGGUAAAGCUCGGUAAAACUCAUAAAUGGAAAGCGUCAAAACCUUUUUGGAAAGGAAUAUAUUUAUAAAUUUAUCAUGUGUGCAUGCCCCAUUCCCUGCCAAAGCACUUGAUAUAAACAGGUCAGCUUCAAAAGUUGCAUCUUGUUGAAAAACCUCCUAGUCUUCCAUAGUCAUUUUAGAUGUCCUUUUUACAAAUAUAAAUAUAUAGAAAUUCGGCAAACUUCGUCAUUUUCCGUUCUUUAUGUAAAUAUAAAAGGCAUUUAGUUGUCAAGAUUCUUUUCUCUGUGCCUUAUAGGCGUUUAUUUAAGUUUUAUCGUGGUUACGAAAAGUGAUGGAAUAUGUCGAAUUUAUUUUACGACGGAUGUAUAUCGCCGAUGGAUUGUAAUGUAUAUUUUGUAUAAAACAGCCAAAAAUCUUUUCAUUGAAACCUAACUUGUUGGAGUUUUUGAUGUUGUUUUUCAUUAUCAAAAAGUUAUAGAUAAAUACACAUGUUUUAAGUGAACUGGUGUGUAGAAUUUUAUAAAAGCUCUAUGAGUAUUUUUGUAUUACUUUACAAAGAACAAUUUUAAAAAUAUAAUUUUUGUAAUAAGGGAAUGAAUAACAAAAGUAUAAAAUUAUUGGCCUUUUUUUAUAAAAUCUGACGGUUGAUUCUCAAAUAUUUAUUUUAUAGAUUCCAUGGAACAUUCAAACACAUUUACAAAUAUUUGCUAAUUUGGCAAUUUUCAGGUGUACAAGCUGAAACUCCUUUUAUAUUUAUUCUUGUACCAUUUUAAAACCACUGUUUACACAAUUUGCUUUUUGCAAAUAAAGACUUAAAUUAUU